AAGUUCCUGUUUACAGACACAGUUUGACGAAUUAAGGCCGUCUUCAUAAUUACAGUUCAAGAUUUUGCGUAAAAAUAUUCGCGACCACGUUGUCGGGCGCGCAAAAAAUCAAUACGUGGAGCAUCGGCAAUGGCGCAGACGGUCAACAUCACAGGCUACACUAUCGGCUGGACCGAUCCCUUCAUCCUGCAAUAUGACUGGGCCAAGACAGUGUUCCUUGAGCGAUCAGACGAACGCACCCGUGACUGGCCACUUCUCUCCAACCCUAUUCCCGUGACAGUGCUUACCCUGGCAUGGCUAGUGUUUGUGUUAAAACUUGGCCCUGCCAUGAUGAGGAACCGCAAACCUUUCACCUUGCGAAGACUAAUAUUGAGCAUCAACGUCCUGCAAGUGGUUCUAAACGCUUAUGUCACUUACGAGUUCCUAGCAGUCGGAUGGCUGGCGCAUUACAAUUUCUGGUGCCAAGAAUGCGAAUAUAUCAGAACGCCAGAGGCCAUGAGAAUGGCCAGGGCAUGCUAUAUUUACUUUGGCCUGAAACUCUUCGAUAUGCUUGACACUGUGAUUUACGUUUUGAGAAACAAGCCCAACCAAGUGACAUUCCUACACUUAUACCACCACGUGUCCACCCUUUUACUUGCCUGGGCUGUGGCAACAUACGCUCCUGGUGGUCACGGGACGUUCGUCCAACUUCUAAAUACAAUUAUACACGUCAUAAUGUACACAUACUACAUGAUCGCGGGCCUGGGACCUCGUUUCCAAAGGUUCCUUUGGUGGAAGAGGUAUCUCACACGGAUGCAGCUCUUCCAAUUUGUUCUCCAAUUCUCUCACAACGUGAAUGCACUGCGAAUUGGAUGUAAAUAUUCAAACGUCAUCAUCAUGAUGUUCCUGCCAAUUAUCGUGGGCACCUUCAGCCUUUUCAUGAACUUCUACAUCAAGAGCUACUUGAAAAAGGUCGAACAAAAGAAGAAGCAGAAGUAGACGGACGCGAACAAAGGCUUUGCUUGUUUCAGCACUCACUUGCAGCAUCUCUUUCUCACCACAUACGUUUCCCCUUCGCCCCCAUAGUUUAAAAAAAAAAUGAACUCUUGAGGAGUUAAAGAAUAAAAUUAUUGCAGUCGUAUUAGCGGCUUGAUGAGA